AUGAGUACCCCUGCUGACGUUGCAUCUUUGAUUAGUGAUAAAUACAAGAGCGCCUUAGAGAAUGGCAACUUGAAGUUUAUCCAAACGGAAACUAAGAAAACAAAGGACCCUAAAACCAGUAUGCCUUACUUGAUUAGUCACAUGCCAAGUCUGAUCGAGAAGCCGGAACGUGGCCAAAUUCCAGAAGGAGAAGAUCCAUUGGGCAAAGCUGAGGAGGAAUUGACUGUUAUCCCAGAAUUUGGUGGUGUCGAUAACAAAGCGUACAAACUGUUAUUAAACAAAUUCCCUGUGAUUCCUGAGCACACUUUAUUGGUAACUAACGAAUACCAACAUCAAACAGAUGCCUUGACUCCAGCCGAUUUGUUGACUGCUUAUAAAUUGCUAUGUGCUUUGGACGAUGAAGAAUCCGAUAAGAGACACAUGGUCUUUUACAAUUCUGGUCCAGCCAGUGGUUCUUCGCUAGAUCACAAACAUUUGCAAAUUUUGCAAAUGCCUCAAAAAUUUGUCACCUUUCAAGAUAAACUAUGCAGUGGCAAAGAGCAUUUCCUGCCAACUUUCAACACUGAACCAUUGCAAGAUGCUAAGGUAUCGUUUGCUCAUUUUGUCUUGCCAAUGCCGGAAUCUGAAGACACUGUAGAUGAGGACCUAUUAGCUAUGUGUUACAUCUCCAUAUUGCAAAGAGCUUUGACCUUCUUCCAGGACUGGUUGAAUGAAACUCCAGAUUUAAAGAAGUCUUACAAUCUUAUGUUAACCAAAGAAUGGAUCUGUGUUGUUCCGCGUUCCAAGGCUUUCUCUGAUGAAAUGAAAAUAGGUUUCAACUCCACUGGUUAUUGUGGUAUGAUCUUAACCAAGAACGAUGAAGUCUUCUCCGAGAUUACUGAAAAACCUGAAUUAAUUAACGAUAUCUUAUUGGAAUGUGGUUUCCCAAACACCUCUGGUCAAAAACCAAAUGAGUACAACUACUGA